AUGUUUUACACCGUGUCUACUUUCUUAUCAGUCUCGUCCGCCAUCUUAUUGUGUUUCUUCUCCUUCGUUUGCUUUGUGUUUUUUUAUCAUUUUCAUAGCGACCUCUUCUUUCUUCUCGUUUUCGUCCGCCAUCUUAUUAUAAUGUUUCUUCUCUUUUUACUGCUUCUUUCUUCUAGUUUAGCUAACCAUUUUCUUCAUUGUGGCUUCUUUCUCCUCAUUCUCGUCUUUCAUCUUUUACACUCCGUUUUUUCAUCUUUCCUUUUUGAGUCCGCCAUGUUUUUCUUUUGUUAUUUUCAACUCCUUCUUUCUUCUCAUUUAUGUAUCUAUAUUUUUCAUCGCAUUUUUUUUUUUAUCCGCCAUUCUUCUUCCAUUUGUCUAACCGUUCAAUCGAUUUUUUUUUCAGCAUAUUGCAGCAAUAUUUUCUUCCUGCAUUUAUCAAUGACCUCUUCUUCAACUCUUAAUUUAUAUUCGUAUUCAUUUUCUUCUUUCAUUCUCUUCUCUUCUUCACAAUUUCUUCCCUCUCCCUCUCCGGUGUCUUUAAUUCCACAGCCCUCUCCUUCUCUUUAUUCCUUUUCUUUCUACAUUUUUCUUUAUACCCAUUCCCACUGA